CGUGUAGGACCUAUUAAGGCGGCUGCGGCGUAAACCCUCCCACGAAGCGACUCGGCAACGCUCGCAGCCGCCAACCGAUGGCUCUCCGGCGCCGCUCCCUGCGCGGGCUUCGCCACCUGCACACCGCCGCCGGUCCGAUCCUGUGGAGCCACGCAGCUGAGGAAUCCGACUUGCCAUCAUCGACCGUGCAGGUCCUGUCUUGGGGCCGCGGCGCAUCCGGCCAGCUUGGCGGCGGCAAGGAGGAAACCCGCUUGUACCCUUCCUCGGUGGCCACCCUCCGCCUCCCUCCCGAUUUCCGCCUUGCCCCCGUUCAAGGCUGCCUCCCUUCUCCGCCGGUUGGGUCCGCCGCCGACGCGAAAGUUGAAGUGGGGGUCUCGUGCGGGCUCUUCCAUUCCGCUUUGCUCGUGGAUGGGAAGUUCUGGAUGUGGGGAAAGGGUGAUGGUGGGAGGCUCGGGUUCGGUGACGAGAACACCGUCUUCGUUCCUACCUUAAACCCUAAUCUUGAAGGUGUUCGGAGUAUUGCCCUUGGUGGGAUCCACUCAACCUCCCUUACCCGCUCCGGAGAGGUCUUCACGUGGGGUUAUGGUGGGUUCGGAGCCCUUGGGCAUUCAGUUUAUCAUAGAGAAUUGCUGCCUCGAGCUGUAAAAGGUUCUUGGGAGGAAAAUAUUACGCAUCUUGCGACUAGUGGAGCCCAUACUGCUGCUAUUACUGAAACUGGUAAGCUUUUUACUUGGGGUCGUGAUCAAGGAGAUGGUAGGCUGGGACUUGGUAGUGGUGGAGGCCCAGGUGAAGCUGGUUCUUUUUCCAUCCCUUCCAAAGUAAAUGCACUACCUGUCCCUGUCACAGCAGUCAGUUGUGGUGGUUUUUUUACGAUGGCACUUACUUCAGAUGGUCAAAUAUGGAGCUGGGGAGCAAAUUCAAAUUAUGAACUAGGGAGAGGCAAUAAUGUCAGUGAUUGGAGACCACAGACUAUUCCAAGCCUUAAAGACACUCGCAUCAUUCAGAUAGCCAGUGGUGGUUAUCAUUCUUUAGCUUUAACUGAUACCGGUAAAGUUCUUUCGUGGGGCCACGGAGGUCAUGGUCAAUUGGGUCACCCUUCUGUUCAAAACCAGAAAGUACCACUUGGCAUCGAGGCUUUGGCUCAGGAGCAUGUCGUGCAUAUUGCGAGUGGAGGGUCAACCUCAGCUGCUGUUACAGAUAAAGGUAAGUUAUUCAUGUGGGGAAAUGCAAGAGAUUGUCAGCUAGGUGUUCCCGGUCUGCCAGAAUUCCAAAAACUGCCCGUUGAAGUUAAGUUCCUGAUGGAGGAUGAGGACUUGGGUCCGCACCACGUGAUUUCAGUUGCAGUCGGUGCAUCUCAUGCGAUGUGCUUGGUUUUGAGGCAGAAUGCCCCUCUUGCAAAACUUUGAAGACAGGCAUUAUGGAUGCUCUCAUGUAGAAGAAAUAAGCUUGGUGGAAGAGAACAAGUAGGGUUAAGAGUCCAGCCUAGUACUCAACAUGCGGCAGCCUCGAGAAUAUGCAUCACAAGGAACUGCAUAAAACAAGGAAUGUGUUUUGGGGAAGCAAUAGAUAGAGAAUAACCUCCGUUGGUCUUUUCUUCUAAUUUAUUGUCGCGUUAACAUAUCGGAAGUUCCAGCCUUUCGCUUUGAGGAUGUACGAAGAGGUACACUAACAUUUCAACCCAUGUAUUUGGGUAAUAGAGAUGAAGUGAUGAAAUUAUUAUCAUGC